UCAUCUCGGGGGGCACUAUGUCCUUUGCCAUGCUGCGCCAUGCCCCCCCGGGGCGCUUCCUAUACCCAGAGAUCUCUCGGAUGUCUGAUGAGGAGGAGGAGGAGAGUGCCAACGACAGCUCGGAGUGUGAAGACAAGUCUUUCCUUCACUCGGCCGAAAGACUGGCCAAAAGGGCAGAGAAGAGGUGCCACCGACUCCAUCGGGAGCCCCGCCAGCGCCACUCGGCCAACGCCCGCGAGAGAGACCGAACCAACAGCGUGAAUGGCGCCUUCACUGCACUGCGCACCCUCAUCCCCACCGAACCCCAAGACCGAAAACUCUCCAAGAUCGAGACCCUGCGUCUGGCCUCCAGUUACAUCUCCCACCUGGGCAACGUCCUGCUCCUCGGGGACACGUGCGGGGACGGCCAACCCUGCCACAACCAAUAUUACCCACACUCCUCUGCUGCCAGCCCCAAGCACCCCGACAGCCAGCAACCCAAACUCAUCUGCACCUUCUGCCUCAGCACCCAGAGGAAAAUGGGUAAAGACAAAGAGAGGAAAACUGCCAUCCGAACCUAAAAGAAACAUCUGUGGAACGGGGAUCCCCUGAAGAGACCCCAAGAUCCAGAUCCUGAAGUUGCACCAAUCACCAGUUGCAACUGGAGGAGCAGCAGCCAAUCACACUGCGGCCAAUGGAGAAGGAAUUAGGGGAGCAGUGCUCCUCAAUAAGACAAAGCAGGAAACCAACUGAAGCCCAUCUUUAGCUCUGGGAGGGGGUGAGAGGCAACAAAGCCCCCAGAAUGUGA